ACAAGAGAUAUUUUAAAUAUUUAUAAAUUAUACAACUAAUAUUUAUCAGUAUAAAACUGAUAGAUGUUAGCUGAAUCAUUAUUAUUUUACUUUAGAGUCAAUAGAAAAACUUGAAAGAAACCAUGUCUGUUUUCAUUUAUACCAUAUCUACAUAUAAACAAUCAACAUGUAUGUGAUGCUGUUAUUUAGUCUAAAACACUAAAUACUUUAAUGUAAAACUGCAAAUAACUAGUUAUCACCAAAUAUCCAGUGUUUUUUAAAGUUAGAGAUGGCUUUUUCAAACCUUCAAAAGUGUAAUUAAAGUUAGCAAAGCAACAAAACAAAACAUUGUUAUUAAGUGAUAUCAAUUUUAAUAAAGUAUUGCAUAGUUGAUGAUAUUUCAGUUGUGGAACAAUAUAAACAUGCCCUCAGAGUUUCAAAAAUUAGAAAACCAUUUACAAAAAUGUUUGAUACAAUGUUUUUAUCAUGUUUUAUACUUGUAAAGUUACUUUCCAGCUACUAUUGCUAAGUAAGGUCGCAUCAAGUUGUCAAAAUAAACACCCAAAAGUAACCAGAUCAAAUAUCAAUUUGUCUUUUAGAAGAGUUUUAUUUAGAAUAUCAUGAAUUCAAUAAAUUUAACAAGUUCAUAGAAAGCAAUACAAAUUUUAUUAUUUCUUUAUAGCGAUAUUUCUCUUCGUCGUUAAUGUUCUGCGUGUUUUUGAUUCCCUUUUAUAAUUUUUACACCUUCAAACAUUUUAAAUAUAAUAAUAUCAUUGAAAUAUGUGACUUGGUCGAGUAGAUAUAAACGAAGUAAAAAGGUACAUCUUCAAGCGCAAUCACUGUAUUUUCGGUAUUCUGGGGCUUUCCAAUAUGGCGGCCGUACAAAAUAUUGGCUUCACUUUUGAUAUUAGAGAUGCGCUAUCCAGUUAUUAUAGAGAUCAGUGAUAUAAACUCGCAUAAUAAUAUUAUAUAGUAAAAAUGGCUUUCGUGUUUACUUGUUUAGAUUCUUUUUCGUCAUUUUUUAUCCUAAAAGAAAACAUAAAAAAAUACGAAGAUAGCAAUUUUACUAAAUUGUGGAUUAGAGAUGCCAGAACUAUCGAGAGUGCUAGAAAAUCUAUUCCUAAAAAAGCUGCUGAUAUGGCACCUCAAAUUAAAUACUAUUUCAUCAAGUAUUGUUGUAUCCAUGGUGGUCAAAAAUUUAAAUAUAGUGGCGAGGGAAAACGUAAAUCUUCAACUUUUAAAAAAGACUGUCCUUUCUACCUGCAUUUUAAAGCAUCAGAAGAUGGACAAUCAUUAGUUUUGCAAGAUAUGGAUAAUAAUCACAAUCAUGAAGUUUCUGAAAUUCUCUAUAAGCACCUGCCUAAUCAACGAAAGCUUCCAGAUUAUGCUAUUCAUAAAGCUAAAGAGUUAAUGAAUUUAAAGCCAAACAAAAAGCUGCUGCAAAAAGAAUUAAUUAGUUCCACAGGCAAAGUUAUAACUCUUAGAGAUAUAUCAAAUAUUGCUGCUUCUUCUCACAAAAAUGAUAGUCGGAAUGAUAUCACAUCAUUUGUGACAACUUUAAAAGAAAAAUAUAAUGCACAUGUUGAAGUUUCAACAGAUCCAGAAGGGAUUUUAAAAGGAAUUUUUUUUCAAGAUCUCGACAUGCAUAAUGCAUUCAAUGCAUAUCCUGAGUUUAUAUGUAUGGAUGCAACAUAUAAGCUAUUAGAAACUCGAAUGCCUGUCUAUAUAAUAAUUUGUGGAGAUAGUGCUGGUUAAUAUAUUGCUUUAUGUAUUUUGUGUUUGGUUACAAAAUGACUUUAAAUAUAUUUUGCAAAAUUGUUAAUUUUUUUUUUCUGAAAUAAAUUAGUGUAUUUGUAUUUCGUAUGUAUAUUACCUUUUUAGA